AGAUAUGAUCUGCAACAACUUUAUUCUUUCUAGUUUUACCACAACUAUAAUAUAAUAAUGGCUGAUAAUAAAUUUUUACCAAAAUUGUCUCAAAAUUUACUUGAAGUUUUAGACGACGAAGAAUAUUAUGAUAUUACAAUUGAAGUUGGUAAAGAUCCUUACGUAAAAUUUUUUCGUGCUCAUAUGGCUAUAUUAAAUUAUCGUUCUCCUUAUUUGAGAAGAAUUUUAUCAACUAAUAAAAAGAAAAAUGAUGGAACCAUAGCACAUAUUAAAUUACCGAAUAUUUUACCCGAAAUUUUUCAAAUAAUUUUAAGAUAUAUUUAUGGUGGAAGAAUUUCUUUAGUAGAAUAUGAUAUCUUAGAUAUUAUUAAAAUCUUGCUUACUGCUAACGAA